AUGGGCUCAAGGUGGUGCUGGGUUCUGGUUCUGUGUGGCUUUGCCUUGCAGCAGGUGGCUUCGCUUGGUAGAAACCUUUGGAUCAAGGUGUGGGCAUCCCGGUACGACAGGCAGGAGAGUGAAACACCACCAAACGCCAGAGCCAAGGCCGCGGGAAAAGCAUCCUCAGAGAUAUUCGAACGGCUACUCAACUCGGUGCUCUUUGCGAAAUUCGUCCUCUUCGACCGCCCGCUGGGCCAGAGCACGAACCACCUCUCCAAGGACGAGGGUGUGGUGGCAGUUUCUGGCGUCCUUCUUGAUCAGUGCGUUCCAGAUCGUGGUGUCGGUGGGUAUGGUCGUCGUGAUCAUCCUGUGGGUGCUACCGGGCUGGCGCCAAUUGUGGUGCUCGCUGUGAACUUCCUGGCCUAUUAUUAUGUCACGGCCGUGUAUAUCAACGUGGCACGAGAUUUGAAGCACAUCGAGUCGGUGGCCCGGUCGCCUCUCUAUGGACGGGAAGCCAUGUUUACGGCCCAGCAUGACGACUUGGUGGACCGGCUCAACCAGCCCUACCUACUCCUCUGGACCAGCAAGCAAUGGCUGACAUUGCGUAUCGACGUGCUGAGCAGCAUCGUCGCCUUCUCAACGGCUGCCUUCGUCCUCUCCAAAACAGGAUUGAUCGGGGCCGGCGCAGCAGGCCUUGUGCUCACCUACGCGGCGACGUUCACGGACCACAUGCUUUGGUUUGUGCAGAUCUACGCCAUCAUCCAGCAGAGCCUGACAUCCGUGGAGCGCAUUAAAGUGUCGUCCGCCUGGACAAGGCACGGGGCCAUCCGCUUCCACAACUUCACCGCCCGCUACGCCCCCCACCUCGAGCCCCCCGGGGAGCGAGUAGCGGUAGUUGCCCUACUCCGGGCGCUAGACCCCCAUCCCGACGGCGGGUCCAUCUCGAUCGACGGCAUCGACAUCGCAGACGUGUCUCUACCACGCCUUCGCGGCGUGGCCAUCACGGUGGUCCCCCAGGACGCGCAGCUCUUUGACGGCAGCGUGCAUGCCAACCUGGACCCGCUGCACCAGCACGACGACGCCCAGCUGGUCGCGGCUCUGCGCUCCCUGCAGCACGAACACAAGCCGGACUGGGCCGACCUCAACUGGCUCGCAGCCGAACUCUCGCACGGCGAGCGCCAGCUCCUGUGCGUGGGGCGCGGCCUGCUACACGGGUCGCUAUUGCUAGAAAUAGCAAGAGCAAGAGACGGCAGUAGCGAUUGA